AUGGCCGCCGCGGCGCACCCACAAGAGCCGUGGAACAAGGCGCAGUUCGACAAGGACAACCGCAUCCCCGCGGCUCAAUACGAAUUACUCAACUCCCUGCCCGGAUGGGGCAACCUCAGCACGGCUAUCCCUCUGGAUGAGACUCCCGACGCGUCGCCGUCCAACUCCGAGCAGGCUCCCGCGGCGAAAGGCGUCGCCAGACCCUCGCAGCAGCUCGCGUCGCAGGGCGAUUGGCUCCAGAAGCAAAAAGGCCCGGCGCUCGAGGACUCCGGCUCGGACGACGACGACGACGAGGAUGAGGAUGAGGAGUUUAAGGUCGUCUACGCGGGCGUCAAACCCGACCCGCAGACGCGCGGCCUCGCCGCGAUCGCCACCGCCACCCCACCCGCCGCCACCGACGACGACGACGAACGAGACGCACCCGCGCGCACCCGCGUCGUCUCCCCGAGGCGUCCCGCCGACGUGAAAUACUCCGAGCAGAUUCGCUCCAUACACCACCAACUCCGAGCAGAUGUACGCGAGCUCGCCGCGCCGCGCGCACUCGCCGCCGGCCGCCCGACGCCCGUCGUCGAGGACAUCGCCCCGACGCAGCUCGCGCCGGAAGACGCGACGGACGACGAUGGACGCGACGGACGCCAGCCUCCGCGCGGCGCGGCGGGCGCGGCGGAGGCGUUGGCGGCGGCGGGGGGCGUCUUCUCUCCGCGGCGAACGCGUUCGAGGUGGCGAAAGGUCCAACAGGCGGGGCGAAAUGGGGCGUCGGACGAACGCGUCGACGGCACAGCUGGCGACGUACCCGCGCGAGCUGCUGCGCCGGGAGUGGGUCUCGUGGGUAGGGUGCUGAGGUCCAUCUCCGGCGCGGCGAACGCGGUGAUGGGUGCCACCGCGGGGACCCCGGCGGCGACAAAGGCGAAUGGGAGCGGCGACGACGACGCGGACGUUGUUCGCUUCCCCGGGUUUGCCACCGCGCACCGCGCGCGUCACCGCGAGGCGCUCGCGCAGCCCAGGUGGGACGAGCUGGGCGUCCUCGCGGCUGAGGCGGCGGCGCAGCUGGAGGUGGUGGCGACAACGCAGCCGGAGGAGGAGGCGACGCAGGCGACGCGGCUGGCGGCGACGGAGCCGGCGGCGAAGCGGUACCUUCACGAUGAGUUACCUGGUGCGAAACAGCUUAGGCGUCGUGUCCGUCAGGCGACAAUUAACGAGGCGGUCGGUCAAGCCGCGUCGGAUGCGCUCGCGGCGGCGGUGGCUGCCGCGACGGAGCACGGCGGCGCGGGCGUCGGCUCGCCCCUCCGGCGACGGGCGAGCAUGUUCGGCGCGCAGGACGCGGAUCGGGCCGAGCACGACCUGACGCUGGAGGCGAGGGAACGCGUCGAGGCGAGGAGAUCCGCGGCGGCGGCGCCGGCGGUUGGCGCUACGCCCCCCGUCGAGGAGAGGAGGGAAGGCGCGGUUGGGAAAUCGGGGGAGAAGUUUCCCGGUAAGGUGGAGGCACGCACGCCCGCGCCCGCGCCCGCGUUUAAUCCCGUGAUUCGCGGUUGGCUCUCCGCGGAUCCGCGUUUCUCGGGGGCGAAUGGGAAGAGGCGUCGGUUGGAAUCCGCCACGGCCAAGUCGGAGGCGGCGACGACUGGUCGGAAAAAGGCGAAAGGGCCGAGGGGACGCGCCGCGCUGGUGGACGAGGAGGACGACGGAGGAGCUCGAGGCAAAACAGGAGGAGGCAAAACAGGAGGAGGAGGAGGCGAGACCCCGGACCCUUCGGUGGAUUUCAUGCGCGCGAGGCUGUCGCCGGUUGUGCACCGCGCGGUGAACGAGAUUGAGCGGGAAAACGUCAAAGCCGCGUCUCCGGCGUCUCCGGCGAAGCGCACGACGGUGAGAAAAUCCACGCUGGCGGUGCUGGCGGGGACGCGGGGCGUGAUUUCGCCGCCGCGAACGGGCGGGGGCGAGGGCGGCGCGACGGCGCGGCGGUCGCUGAUGUCGUGGAUCGGGCUGGAGUCGCAGUGA